CUUCGUGCGCAGGGACCACGUCUGGCUGCCGUCCAGAGAUAAGUGUGAUCGGAUACAUGUGUCCUUGUUUCUGCUCUUUUACGUGAGGUAGACAGCACGUCUCGUCCUCCGCAGCCUCAUUUGUGAAUGGACUUAAGAGGUUGUAGACGUCUGAAUGAAUGUCCAGUUGGCUGAUAGGAUACCUCAAGGAAACUUUUUUUUUUUUUGUUCAGUGAAUGCCCUCUGGGAUAUUGAGUUUAAAGCCUUUGAUUUAUUUAAUUAUUUGGCUGUAUGUAUUGCUGAACUACUACUUGGCAGCUGAAACAUGGCACUUUAUAUAGAAGCUCUGAGUAAAGGAGUGGCCAAAAGAGGGAUGGCCCAGUUCCAGGAAAUGAUGCGGCAGCAGCUGGAGAGCUCCAUGGACACUGAGCUGGAGAACCUGCUGGACACCACCACAGACGCUGAGAAAGAGAUGUCCAGGAAAGACUUUGAGGGCUUCAAGAAUCUUUUCCACAGAUUUCUGCAGGUGAAGGGUCCGUCGGUGGAGUGGUGCAAGAUCCAGAGACCUCCAGAAGACUCGAUCCAGCCCUACGAUAAGAUCGCUGCUCGGGGCCUGCCGGACAACGUGGCCGACUGCCUGAACAAACUGGUGGUGGUGAAGCUGAACGGAGGCCUGGGCACCAGCAUGGGAUGUAAGGGCCCCAAGAGCCUGAUCAGCGUCCGCAACGAGAACACCUUCCUGGACCUCACUGUGCAGCAGAUUGAGCACCUGAACAAGACUUACAACACGGACGUGCCGCUGGUCCUCAUGAACUCCUUCAACACAGACGAAGACACGAAGAAGAUCCUGCAGAAGUACACGCACCACCGCGUCAAGAUACACACCUUUAACCAGAGCAGAUACCCUCGCAUCAACAAAGAGUCCCUCCUCCCCGUGCCCACAAACCUGAGCACGAAUGGGCAAAACCCAGAAGGCUGGUACCCCCCGGGCCACGGCGACAUUUACGCCAGCUUCUACAACUCGGGCCUGCUGGACCAGCUGAUCGCGCAGGGCAAGGAGUACAUCUUCGUGUCCAACAUCGACAACCUGGGAGCCACCGUCGACCUCCACAUCCUGCACCACCUGGUCAGCCAGCCCAACGGCAAGCGUUGUGAGUUCAUCAUGGAGGUGACGGAUAAGACGCGAGCAGACGUCAAGGGUGGCACGCUGAUCCAGUACGACGGAAAGCUGCGUCUGCUGGAGAUCGCCCAGGUCCCCAAAGACCACGUAGACGAAUUCAAAUCAGUUUCAAAGUUCAAGAUCUUCAACACCAACAACCUGUGGAUCUCUCUGGCUGCCAUCAAGAGGCUGCAGGAGCAGAAGGCAAUGGACUUGGAGAUUAUAGUCAACCCCAAGACGCUCGACGGCGGCCUGAACGUCGUCCAGCUGGAGACGGCGGUCGGCGCCGCCAUCAAAUGCUUCGAUAACGCCCUGGGCAUCAACGUACCUCGCAGCCGCUUCCUGCCAGUCAAGACCACGUCUGACCUGCUGCUGGUCAUGUCCAACCUGUACAGCCUGAACGAGGGCUCGCUCACCAUGAGCCCCAACAGAGAGUUCCAAACGACGCCACACGUCAAACUGGGGAGCGUCUUCACCAAGGUUCAGGAGUACCUGACCCGCUUCGAGAGCAUCCCUGACAUGCUGGAGCUCGACCACCUGACGGUGUCUGGAGACGUCACCUUCGGGAAGAACGUUUCUCUCAAGGGCACCGUCAUCAUUAUCGCCAACCACGGAGAUCGGAUUGAUAUUCCAGCCGGCUCCAUGCUGGAAAACAAAAUCGUAUCUGGCAACCUCCGCAUCAUGGACCACUAACACCUUUUUCACCCUUCCCCCCUCCCCCCCAAUCAUGUGACCUAGUAAUUUUUAUCCCAAUCAUGUGACCUGCUUGUCAGGUUUACCCAAAAUUGUGAAAGGAAGUGGCUUUUACCUGAAGGGUGUGUGUGACUGCACAUGUACCGUGCUUCUGUGCAGUUGAUGCUUGGGAGAUACUGCCCUCUACAGGCUGCGUAUGAUACGAUAUAAACAUUUAAUGAUAUUGAUAAUGAGCUACUCAUAGCGGUCACUUUAAUGAUCUAUAACCAUGAUCGAGAGAACAAAUCAGAUUUUAUUUUUUAUUCUUUUUCAACUCUAGUGAGUUUCUUGGACGGAAAAUAAAACCUGCCAAAGCUGACUCAAAAUAGAUGAGGAUACUAUAAUAAUGAUAUUAAUCAGGAUACUAACGAGACGAUACGUCAUAGAACAAACACAUGAUUUCAUCAUCACCAUCUUCAUCCUCAGUGUGCUCUCGCAGCACUGCUCACAUCGUGUACUACCACAGUGAGGUAAAGUCAUGGUUUGUGACCGGUUUAGAUUUAUUUCAAGCACAAAGACCUCACUGUGGGACUCAGCAUGGUUCCACAAUGCAGCUGUGCAGGACGCUUCGAGGUGAAAUGACUUAAAUAUAGUACAGAGGUGGAGCCUCACCAGUCGACCAACAAACGAGCAGCGACUGUGAGACAGUGAGAGAAUCCAAACUGAGCCACCGUGCAGGGCUGCGAGAAGUCAAAUCCGAUAAAUUAAGAACGUGAUAAAACUACUAAAUUAAUCUUAUAUCUCAGACGUAUUUCCCGCUCUGGAUUAACUGUACUUGAUAUCAUCCACUGAGGAUUGCCAGACUGAUUUGGAAGCUUCUCAUUAGGAAUCGUUCUAUUUACACAUGCGUUCAUUGAUUUUAUUUCUUAUUUUAUUUUAAUUUCGGCCACUUGGGGGCAACAAACUGUGACCACAACAUUGACAUAUCAGUUUUUUCAGUUUAUCUGGCGAAUGUGUUAGCACAACGUUGCCUGUUUACACAUCCAGCAGACAGAAAACAACACUAUCAGUCAUGCGGAGCCGCGUUUCUGGACACCUGACGACUGGAAGUCCAGUAUUCAUGCUUCUUUUAGCUGUUUUUGCUCUAAAUCAACUCCUGAGGGAAAGAUAACAGCUGAAUCCUCCACUGCUGUUUAGCGCCUUUCCAUCCACCUGCGUUCAUGCGCAUUUUCACUUUGCGCAUUAACUAUUCACUAUUAUUAUUAGAAACUGAAAAAAAGGUCCAGAUAUUGCAAAACAAUUCAAAAAGAUUUGGCUCAGUGAGAACAGACUUAAAUAUAUUAAAUAUUAGAUGAUGAUGUACAUGAAGCCUGUGACUUAAAUGUCCACUGAAGACACAAAAACAUCAGAUCUGUGUGUUUGGUUCCACAAAUUAACACAUGAAACAGACAUAAAGGCCGGACCUCCAGAUGGUUUUUGUUCAGACCUGUUUGAACUCUGUAAUCUCAUUGUGGCCUCUUCACCUGAAAUCAUUAAUGGGAACGCACUGGCGAAUCAGUGCCAUUAGAGGAUGGAAAUGAGCAUUUAUCAAAAUUUCUGUCGGUUGUUUGGUGCUCUGCAGGGAGCUGAUUACUGCAGUGAUGAGAGUGCUUAAAUUUUGGCCUUAAAAAACAAAAAAAAUGAAGCUGAAAGAUCCUAAAAGUUCAGAAGGGCUGCACUGUCGCAGAAUCAUGCAGAAAUCCGUGACGUCUGUGCUCAGAAAUAAAUUGGUACCUUUGUAGCAGAGCAACGACAGCUGUGAUUCCACAUCGCAGAGCGUCCGCCGGACGUGUUUCCACCUCCAUCGUCCAGACUCACUUUGUUUGUUUGUGCCAUAGAGGAGAAACUAGCAUGUUGUCCAAGUAAUGCCUGAACCGCCUCCGUCUCUGCCUGUUCGGUGCCCUCGAGCUGUCCCGGAUGAAGACGUACGAUCCAGAUUCGGGCACAAUCACAAUGCCGUGAAAUUAUCUGUCACGAAUGAAGUGACAUCAGUUGAAAAUGAAGGCCUUUUUUUGUGACGUAGAUGAUGAAAAAUAUCAGCGAUGUUGUGCUUUAUUUUUGUUUUUAAUCCUGUACGUCUGCUCACAUUUUGACCUUAAUGUUGCGUGAAAGAUCUCAGUCAGAUCUCUCCUGUUGCCUCUGUCCAUCCCAUCAUUCAGCGUUAACUGUUCACACAAAGCCAGGACAGGAAGUGUCGUACUCCCUGCGGCACUGGUUUGCACACACACACGCAUUCAGACGGUAGACACGAGUUUCAGCGUGGGAAUACUUGAGAUGGGUCCGACCUGGACCUGAAGCCUGAAAGCAAUAAGUGUUGAUCUGUGAAGGUGACGAGGUCUCAGCCCAACCCAGUUCUGCCUCCUCAGAGCUGAAUAAAGUGCAAUAUGAAAUAAUGAGCAUGUGUUUGUCU